AUGUUAUUCCAGGCAGUGGAGUUGAGAAAAGGAGAUCCUGAUCGAACAGACGUGAGAAUCUUCGACGACCCCCUGCUGGACCGUCCAAAGUGGAAACACAAGAGACACUGGGCUACGCUACAGCUCAAGAGUGACUGGAAAGCCACUCAUCUAAACACACAAGUGACCGGGUAUCGGGACUCCUCGCAGUUCCCCACGUCUCACUUUCAGCCUUUCGGACUCGGAGUGAGCCUUACGCGAUCUAUGGAGAUUUUUGGCGUUUUCACCAAGCCUCAGAUCAGGAAACUCAAUUUCGCUCUCACAGCUCCCAGAGCAUUGGAAUAGUGUUCCACUGUCUCCCAGGUACUCUCAAUCCUUCCUGAAAACUUACUUUCUUUUGAACAUAAUAAUUCGAUUUAUACGGGGUCGGUGGUGUGUCGGGGCUAUAUACCUGGGGUGCCCCGGAGAAGCGUUAGGCGCUAACGGGUUCCAGGCUAGACCUGGCUGACAAAGCCUCAAACUCACUAAGCCGAGAAGUGUGCAGAAAAAGACG